GCGGAUAGAUUCUUCUCCUCGAUUCGUAGCCCGCCCUCGCGGCUUCCGUUUCCGGCGGUGUCUGGGGCGGUCCAUCCUAAACUAUGGCGGCUGGCGGCAGCGAUCCCCGGGCCGGCGACGUGGAAGAAGACGCCUCUCAGCUCAUCUUUCCCAAAGAGUUUGAAACAGCCGAGACUCUCCUGAACUCUGAGGUUCACAUGCUCCUGGAGCACCGAAAGCAGCAGAACGAGAGUGCAGAGGACGAGCAGGAGCUUUCAGAGGUUUUCAUGAAAACCCUGAACUACACAGCCCGCUUCAGUCGUUUCAAAAACAGAGAGACCAUCGCCAGUGUUCGCAGCUUGCUUCUCCAGAAAAAGCUACAUAAAUUUGAGUUGGCCUGUUUAGCCAAUCUUUGCCCAGAAACUUCUGAGGAGUCCAAAGCCUUGAUUCCAAGCCUGGAGGGGCGAUUUGAAGACGAGGAGCUGCAGCAGAUCCUUGAUGACAUCCAGACCAAGCGCAGCUUCCAGUACUAGUGUCUGCACUCCUGGUCCUGAGACAGCGCGGAUGGCCCCUCAUCCUUGCCUGGUCAGCCUCACACAGGAGCUGUUGCAGAAGACGCUUUAUUGAGAUGUAAUGUCACUCUGUAGUCCUCAGACUCACGACAGGCCUCCUGCCUCAGCUUCCCAAGUGCUGCGAUCACAGUGUGAGCCCACACUCACGGCUUGGCUUUUGAAGAGGAAAGGCUCGCUUGCUGGUGGUCUAGGUGGCCGUCUCCAGUGACCACACAGUGUCUUCUUGGUGCAGCCUUGUCAGGCCGGUGUGGUCAAGCGUGCUGCAGUCCGGAACUGGUGAGGUAGACUGAUGUGUUGACUACCUCUUACCUUGGUUUUUUUGGACCCUGUGUUAUUCUUUGUUCUUGACAUUUCAACUUUUAAUAUAAAUAUAGUUUGUAGUUUCUGAAACUAAACUGUUAUAUAAAAAAUGUGUGUAGGGGAGGAGUGGUGUUACCUAGUUGCAAAAGGGAGAGAUAAACCAGAACACUCCCA